AUGUCUGUUCGCCUAGCUUUACACUCACCCAGUGGCUCCAGAAGUUUUCUGGAGCGGGGACUCCUACUUCUGGUGAUGUUGAUCUUUCUGGAGGGCACCGUACUGACGCUUGGAGCUGCGAGCUCACCGGACAUCGGCGCUCAGGAUAACACUGGAGGAGGACACGACCACAGAGGGAUAGCAGGCAGCCACGACCAUACUAACUACACAUACAUAAAAAAGGCCUUCCCUGUCCUGUCUCUAGAUUACCAUCACAUACAGGUGCCUUUCGAGAUCUCUUUAUGGGUGCUGCUGGCCUCUUUAAUGAAAUUAGGAUUCCACCUGAUCCCGCGGCUGUCCAGCAUCGUGCCCGAGUCCUGUCUGCUCAUUGUGGUGGGCCUCCUUGUUGGCGGCCUUAUCAAGCUGGCGGGCGAGGAGGUACCCCCCGUGCUGGACUCCAACCUCUUCUUCCUGUGCCUCCUCCCCCCGAUCAUCCUGGAUGCGGGCUACUUCCUGCCCAUCCGGCCCUUCAUGGAGAACAUCGGCACCAUCCUGAUGUUCGCCGUGGUCGGCACCCUGUGGAACGCCUUCUUCGUAGGGGGUCUCCUCUACGCCGUGUGCCAGAUCGAGGGCACGUACCUGAGCCAGGUGGAGCUGCUGCCCUGCCUGCUGUUCGGGAGCAUCAUCUCGGCCGUGGACCCGGUGGCCGUGCUGGCUGUGUUUGAGGAGAUCCACAUCAACGAGCUGCUGCACAUUCUGGUGUUCGGAGAGUCGCUGCUCAAUGAUGCCGUCACUGUGGUCUUAUACCACCUGUUUGAGGAGUACUCUGGCGCAGGUGAGGUAACGCCGAUGGACGUGGUCCUCGGGGUCAUCUGCUUCCUGAUUGUGUCGCUGGGCGGCAUCGCCGUGGGCGCCAUCUACGGUAUCCUGGCGGCCUUCACCUCCCGGUUCACCUCGCACACCCGCGUCAUCGAGCCCCUCUUCGUGUUCGUUUACAGCUACAUGGCUUACCUCUCGGCUGAGAUGUUCCACCUGUCUGGAAUUAUGGCGCUGAUUGCGUGUGGCGCGGUGAUGCGUCCCUACGUGGAGGCCAACAUAUCCCACAAGUCCCACACCACCGUCAAGUACUUCCUGAAGAUGUGGAGCAGCGUGAGCGAGACCCUCAUCUUCAUCUUCCUGGGCGUGGCCACGGUGGCCGGGCCGCACGCCUGGAACUGGACCUUUGUCUCCGUCACCGUCAUCCUCUGUCUGGUGUCACGUGUCAUUGGCGUGGUGGGCCUUACCUUUAUCAUCAACAAGUUCCGCAUCGUCAAGCUGACCACCAAGGACCAGUUCAUUGUGGCCUACGGUGGCCUGCGAGGGGCCAUCGCCUUCUCCCUGGGCUACCUUCUAGACAAGGACCUCUUCCCCAUGAGGACCAUGUUCCUCACCGCCAUCAUCACCGAAAUCUUCUUCACCGUGUUUGUACAGGGCAUGACUAUCAAACCGCUGGUGGACCUGUUGGCCGUGAAGAAGAAGCAGGAGGCCAAACGCUCCAUCAAUGAGGAGAUCCACACCCAGUUCCUGGACCAUCUGCUGACUGGCAUUGAGGACAUCUGUGGACACUACGGCCAUCACCACUGGAAAGACAAGCUAAACCGCUUCAACAAGAAGUACAUAAAGAAGUGCCUGAUAGCGGGCGAGCGCUACAAGGAGCCGCAGCUCAUCGCCUUCUACCACAAGAUGGAGUUCAAGCAGGCCAUCGAGCUGGUGGAGAGCGGCGGGGGCGUCAAGCUGCCCUCCGCCGUGCCCUCGCAGGUCUCCAUGCAGAACAUCCAGCCCAAGAAGCUGCCGCCUCCUGUAGCAGAGCGGGCCCUGCCUCAGUUCACCAAGGGCCGUGAGGAGGAGAUCAGGAAGAUCCUCAGGAGUAACCUGCAGAAGACCCGCCAGAGGCUGCGCUCCUACAACAGACAUACUCUGGUGGCCGAUCCCUUCGAGGACGGAUGGAACGACUUCGUCCUGAAGAAGCAGAGGUUGAUCGAGCUAGAGAAGAAGAUGACAGAGAUGAGUAACUACCUCACAGUCCCUGGCGCAAUUCCUGACUCCCCCACCAUGUGCAGAGCCAGACUGGCCUCAGACCCCAACGCCUUCUACAACAUCAAGGCGUCUUCAGACGGCAUCCCCACCAUCCAGGUGGACCUAGCCUCCCCCCAGUCCCCGGACUCUGUCAACAUGCUGAACGAGUUCUCUAAGGAGGGUGCCACGGGCCAGGGUCUGGGUCAGAGGGAGGGGGCCGACCGGGAUGAGGACCAAGGCCUGAUGAUGAAGCUGGCCGGGAAAGGGGAGAAGGGAGAGGAAGAGGGGGGCAGCAAGAACCCAGGGCUGAUGAGGUGUCUGAGUGACCCGGGCCCUAGUAAUGAGGACGAGGAGGAUGAACCAUUCCUUCCCUAA